AUGAUUAUUCCCGCUAUUGCUCUGGCCCUUUUAUGGUGCCUUGGGCAAUCAUGCGCACGAAUUUAUGACCCACUUUGCGUACAGACUGGUCGUAAAUGUGGUCAUAACAUGGUCUACAGAACUGUGGAUAAAAUGAAAUACACUGACGACGUAUCACCUGAACUGAUAUGCAUUCAGGAAUGCACAUGCAUCAGUGAACAGUAUGAAAGAAAAGAUGGACAGUGUAUCGAAAAGAACGAUAUUCUGACGCGAAACGAAGUUCCGAUUGAAAAUCUGUUUAAAGAAAUUGAAACAACGACAACAACUUCAACUCAACGAUUUGUCACCAAAGAAUUUUCCGCUCAAAUAACUGCCCAAAAGUCCCUUCCUAAAGUGCCAACAUCAAAGGCUUGCAGUGGAAGAAUCUGUGCACUUGACGAAAUAAUCACUGAUAUUCUGUGCUCAUUGACAGACCAGAAAUGUGGACCAAAUAUGGCCUUUAAGACCAUAGUUGGGCCAUUAUACAUGAAAGUUGGCAUAUCAUCAUAUAAGAUUUGUAUUCAACAGUGCAUUUGCGACAGUAAUGAAUACACGAAAAUGGGUGGACAGUGCAUUAAAAAAAGUAGUGCUCCGAUGCGAAACGAAACUGAGUUUGCUGGUGAAAUAUUGCCUAAACACUGCGCGGGAAGAGUGUGUGCACUUGAUGAAGAAAUAUACAAAGUUCCGUGUUCAUUGACUGGUGAAGUUUGUGGAACCAAUAUGAUAUUUAAUAAUAUCGGUAAAUUGCUUAAAAAGAAUGGUACUGUAGUUUGCUUUCAAAAAUGUACUUGUGUGAGUGAGGAAUAUGUCAAAGCCAAUGGUCAGUGCAUCCUUUCUACGAAAGGAAAUGAAACUGCGACACCAACUUCAACCCAACGAUCUGCAAAAGGAAAUGAAUCAGUAGCACCAACUGCAACCAAACGAUCUGGCACCGAACAUCCACAAUUUCCCAUUAAACCAACUAUCCAACAGCAUCCUGAGACUCGCGCAAAAUGCGUAGGACGAUCCUGCGAGCAGAUUCGCGAUCCAUUUUGUAAGCUAGCAGGUCGGAAGUGUGGUGAUAAUAUGGUCUAUAAAACUAUUGAACGAUUGAUACGUAUCGAUGACACUCCUGAAAUGUGCAUUCAGCAAUGCAAAUGUGUCAGCAAAAAGUAUACGGAAAAAGGUGGACGAUGCAUUAUACGAGAAAGAUCUGUGAAGAAAAAUCAUGCGCAGGUCACACUUUAUUGCACAAUAAUAAUACUGAAGUUUGCUAAAUUUCCAUGA